AUGUUGUUUAUCAGUAUUGUGCUCUUUUUGAUUGCAUCCUAUCCUGCAUUCACGUACACAGCAGUAGUAACUGACAAUGAUCUCUAUGGAAUUAAAAUUGCAAUGAAUGAUCGUAUAUUAGUUAGUGCCUUCAAUUUAUUUGAGGGUUGGUUUAUCUCUCUACUUCCGAAUAACGGGACUAACAACUGUAUCCUUUGGUUCAAUUCCUCAACAUGUGACGUUGUUUAUAAUGUUAUUGUUCCAUCUACAAAUGAUAUUUCAUUCGUCUACAAUUGCAUUGAUCUACCAGGCAAUAAUUUGAUGGGUUAUUUUAUUGGAAAUGAUAAUUGUACAUUUGAGUUGCAAGAUGAAAGCAUUGUAUCCAACUAUUCAACACAAUACAAUUAUGUGAUUGAUAUAAAUGAACAAAGUACUGGUGUCUAUGGCUUUGCUGAUGACUUUAUAUUAUAUUACGAACUACAACCAGCAAUUCAAUUAUUUGUUUGGCCAAACACCCUAGGAAUUUCUCCUCGAGCAGUGGAUGUAGGCUCGAAUUAUCAAUAUGCUGUGUUGGUUGGAUAUUGUCAAUCGACACCAUCAGUCGCAAUCGAGUGUGGAUUUUUCAUUCAAUUAAAUGCAUCUCAAUCAUGUCCUACUAUUAUAAAAGUUUUUACUAUUGCUAAUAUCUUACAAUUUUCUUGGACUGAUCCACGUUCCAUUCGCUAUAUUUCGCAGAGUCAGGUUUAUACAUCACCGCUAGUUCUGUCAGUAAGUGUUGCUUGGCCCGCUGGAUACGUACUUAUAGGCAUACAAUCACUCAAUGCUGUUUUACUGUAUUCUUUGAAUGAUACUCACAAUCCGAUAGGUACUCGUGACAACGGUAUUGGAUUAAUGGGCUACGGGAAGAGCGUUGGAUGGUUGGAUGGCAAUGGUCAUAAGGCAGUGAUUCUUGCCAAUAGUUAUGAAUAUUCGACUUAUCAAUGGAUAUCAUCAUCAAUCCAUGUCUACGAUAUUCAGUCGAAUGGAUUUUCAAACGAAGUACUACCGAUUCUUAUUUAUCCGAAUAGCCAACAGGUUCUUAAUCCAUUGAUUACCGCGUUCUUUCUUCGUCUUGCUUUUUCAUCUAAUGGGAGUUUUGGUAUUAUCGAUAUUUUAGGCAACGCAGUGGCCAUAAUUGCUGCACCCGCAGGAAGUUAUCCAAAUACAAAUGCUACAACAUACUCAUCGAUCGCUGCUCCUUGUAUUGUUGGCACUUAUCGAGAUUAUCCUGGAGUUGAAUUAUGCUAUCCUUGCUCAGGAUCAAGUAACUGUUCACUAUGCACAUCAGAAAAUUCCUAUUGCCCGUAUGGAGCUGUGGGAAAUAUAAUGUAUUCAGAAUUCGCAUCGAUCAGCCAAAAUCAAGCGUAUCCAGAGUCACCCGAUAAUACCGUCUUUGAUGAUAUACUCAUGCAGAACAUGUUCAACCUCAAUUUCAAAUCGGUUCAUUGUGCACUCGUGUCACCUCUGACAUGGGUAUUUUUCGUCAUAUUCAUUGCAUUGAUUGUGGUGAUUGCAAUGACAUUAUCCGAGAAAUUAUUUCCUAGCCAUCACAUUAUACGUAAUCAAACCAAACAAUGGUUUCGAAGAGUAGACCUUGUCGGUAAAGGAGAGAUGUGGAUCGGUGGUCUUGCCUCUGCUGCAAUCAUUGUGCUUGUUGUGUCAGCGUGUACCUUUUCGAAUGCGUAUCUUUCUCAAUAUCCAAUUGAGCACGUUACUAAAAAUAGUUCAUUUGCCUGUGAUACUACUUUACGCAAUGCAAAGUUCAGUACGACGAUGCAAAAUACAUGGAACUCUCGUCGUCCUCAAGAUGAAAGUCAACUUAUCUUUGAUCUACUUAACGCUCAACCAUUUACACUCAAUAUCGAUCUUGUACAAACAGCAUUCACUUGUCAAGAUUCUUUCUAUGUGCAACGUAUCACUACUUAUACGACCAUCCAAUUCCCUAUUGCUUGGUGUCAAACAAAUUACAAUAAUACUACUUUAAGCUUGGCUAUCGUACUCCCCGUACAUACAAUUAGUGUUCAACUCAUAUUACCAGGAGUGAAGACAAUCGGAGCCAUUCGAGUCGGUCUUAGUGGGCCUUCAGCAGUGGAAGAAGAUGGCCGGUACACAUUAAUGGAACUCAAUUUCGCCUCAACGUUCACCUCGUCAUCGCUCGAUCAAGUUCUGGCACAGUCAACUGUUUUUCCUAUUCAAUUAACUCAAAUCGUUAAUGAAACUGCCCCUUUGAAUAUGAAUCGAUUACCUACAUUCAGUGCAAUAUGGGCAUAUUCAUUCAAUCUCGACACAACUGAACUUUUCCAAAGUGAAAGCGAAUACACAUUCUUUUAUCGAUCGCAGACCAAUAUAAGUAUUAUAAUAGGACAGAAUACAUUCUAUAUAAAAAAUUUACAGCAACCGAUCGUUCAAGAAACAGAAGUCAUUUUUCACGAUCUUCUCUUCACGAUUGUCGUAUUGGAAGUGUUUGGUCUGCUGUUUCUCAUAAUUAAAUUGCUAUUGGCUCCAAUGCUUGUUGCAAUAUUUACUCAGCUACAUUUUUAUCUAUCAAAAAAGAUUCGCGUCAGUCCUGCUAAUGAUUUGGCGGUAGUAAUUGCUAAAGAUAAAGAUACAUUAGAUAACCACAAACAAAGUGGUAUUAAGAUUGCAUCUCAUCGCAAAUGUUCAAUGAACAUUGAUGUUGAACCUGUUAGCAAUGAAUAA